AUGUUAUUUAUAGGACCAAGGCUCUUUGCCAACCUUAACACUCAUAGCAGCUUAUUCAACACCAAUCACCAUCACCACCACCGUCCCCGCUUCCAUCUGCUCCUAGGCCUUUUUUUUUUCCUGUUUGAAACAGUAUAGAAUGGUGACCGUUGAGGAAGUCCGUAAGGCUCAACGUGCCCAAGGGCCGGCCACGGUGUUGGCGAUCGGCACAUCAACUCCACCAAAUUGCGUUGAUCAAAGCACGUAUCCUGACUAUUACUUCCGUAUCACAAAUAGUGAGCACAAGACUGAGCUGAAAGAGAAAUUCAAGCGCAUGUGCGAAAAAUCAAUGAUUAAGAAGCGGUACAUGUACUUAACGGAAGAGAUUCUGAAGGAGAACCCGAAUGUAUGUGCAUACAUGGAACCUUCAUUAGAUGCUAGGCAAGACAUGGUGGUGGUUGAGGUGCCAAAGCUCGGCAAAGAAGCCGCCGCUAGAGCCAUUAAAGAAUGGGGCCAGCCCAAGUCCAAGAUCACCCACCUUGUCUUCUGCACCACCAGUGGCGUCGACAUGCCUGGCGCCGACUACCAGCUCACCAAGCUUUUGGGCCUCCGCCCCUCCGUUAAGCGCCUCAUGAUGUACCAACAAGGCUGCUUCGCCGGCGGCACGGUGCUGCGUGUGGCCAAGGACUUGGCCGAGAAUAACGAAGGUGCUCGAGUCCUCGUUGUUUGCUCGGAAAUCACCGCCGUCACCUUCCGGGGACCUAGUGACACUCACCUAGAUAGUCUCGUCGGCCAAGCGUUGUUCGGCGAUGGUGCUGCUGCUGUUAUAAUCGGUUCGGACCCGAUUCGUGAAAUCGAGAAGCCAUUGUUUGAACUUGUUUCAGCAGCUCAAACAAUCUUGCCAGACAGUGACGGUGCCAUUGAUGGUCACCUUCGUGAAGUAGGUCUUACGUUCCAUCUCCUCAAGGAUGUUCCAGGGCUUAUUUCUAAGAACAUUGAAAAAAGCUUAGUCGAGGCAUUUCAGCCAUUGGGAAUCACUGACUGGAACUCCCUUUUCUGGAUAGCUCACCCAGGUGGUCCAGCCAUAUUGGACCAGGUGGAAGCCAAGUUAGCCCUUAAGCCUGAAAAGCUACGAGCCACAAGGCACGUUCUUUCAGAGUAUGGGAACAUGUCGAGUGCCUGUGUGCUGUUCAUUUUGGACGAGAUGAGGAAUAAAUCAAGAGAAGAUGGGGUUCAGACCACGGGUGAAGGGCUCGAGUGGGGAGUCCUGUUUGGGUUCGGACCAGGGCUCACCGUUGAGACGGUGGUUCUCCAUAGCAUCCCCGCUUAAACAUCGCCCUGUGUCGUAAUCGUCGUCAUCAUCAUGUUAUCUGAUUCCACUUCCCUUGCAAUUUUAUUUGGGUUUAUAUAUUAUUUUCUUUGAAUUUGCGUAUGGGUCUUGUGAAAGAUUUAAUGCAGCAGUGUGCUUAAGGCCCAUGGAACUCAUGUACCAACUUCCUUGUGACAAUAAUAAGUUCUCAUUUCACCUUG